AUGUCUGCUUUAUCACGGCGUAAGAUACGUGUUGGUCUUGUUGGUUUCCGCAAUUCUGGUCGUGUAUUUCAUGCUCCAUUUUUACAUACAAUGUCCAAUAUGUAUGAACUUCGUAGUGUAGUCGAACGUCAUUCGAAUGAAGCUGUUAAAAUUUAUCCACAUAUAAAAACUGUUCGCUCUACAACAGAAUUGUUCGAUGAUCCUGAUAUUGAUCUUGUUAUAAUAGCAACAUCGAAUAAUUUGCAUUAUUCAUUAAAAAAACUCAUACUUUGUCCAUAUCAAAUACUUUGUCCAUAUCAAAAUCGUCGAUAUGAUUCUGGUUAUCGUACAAUAAAAGAAAUAAUUAAUAGAAAAUUAUUAGGUGAUGAAAUACAUGAGUGUGUAAUACACUUUGAUCGUUACCGACCGGAAUUAAACAGUGGUAAUGCAUGGCGCGAACGAAAUGAACCAGGUGCUGGUGCUUUUUAUGAUUUAGGUUCACAUCUAAUUGAUCAAGCAUUAAGUUUAUUUGGACAUCCACAAACAAUUACAGCUGACAUUCGAAUACAACGAUCCGUCGCUCAUGUCGAUGAUUAG